AUGAAGGUCCUUUUCCUAACCAUAGCACUAAGCCUGUUCUCCAUCCUUCAAGCUGAAGAAUCGGCAUCUUCUGGAGAAGCAUUGGGGGGCACAUUCUAUAUACAUGCUAUUGUGGCAGACACGGACAUUCCUGAGGAGAAGAGGCCUAAAUCCCUCUCACCCAUUACCAUCUCCCUUCUUGAUGAUGGUAAUGUAGAGGCCUCAUUUACCACCAGGAAAAAUGGCAAGUGCAAAGAGAUUAAAGCAAAAUUAGAGAAAACAGACAAUCCCUAUGAAUUCACCAUGGAUAAGGGCAAACGCCAUGUGUAUGUAACCAAGACCUCCGAUCCGAAUAGUUGGAUUCUCUAUAGUGAAGGAGAGUUCAGGGGCAAACAAGUCAAAUUGGCCAAACUUUUGGGGGCAAGCACAGAAGUGGACUCUGAAGUUUUGAAGGAAUAUCAGGAAUUCAUCCAACAGAAAGGAUUUAAUGAAAAAAGAAUCAUCUCUCCUAAGCAAGAAGAGGCCUGCAUCCCGGAAGAUGCUUAAGGAGAAGACAAUUCCCAUCAACCUCAGAAUUAUGGUAUCCAGAAAAUCCCCACCAUCUCCUCAGAUGACCAACAGGUCCCUAUAUCUGGCUCCUCUCUUUAG